CAGGAAGCGGAAACGAAAGAAGACACCGCCCGGAAAAGCAACACGGAGACCCGGAGCAACUUGGCUGAUUGCAGUUUUUACCCCCGAAAGCCUAUCCUGGAUCUUAUUAAGAUGUAGCUUGAGCGGUGCAUGUUCAAGAUUACUUAAUGCGGGUUAAUUAUCCGAUAAUCAGUCUAUGGUGCUUAUGAGAAUGGCAAAAUAAAAAGGUUGGGUUUUUGCCCCCUCCCCCUUAAAAAAGCUUGAAUUUUUAAUUUAUUUUUGCGGGAGAGAGGUGAGUGCAUGCCUCUGGGAGAAAAGGGCAUUCUGACCCGCUUUAGGGACCAGGGGAUUGUCUUGCUCUUUGGGAUUCAUCGGGAGCAGAGCAGAGCAGGGCAAGGGUGCCACUUUCGUAGUGUUUUGACAUUGGAGCUGGAGAAGGCAGGCGCGGAAGCUCCUUGAAAACUGCUGCACCGACAGAAAGGCGGCGGCGGCGGCGAAACUGCAGCAGCAGCGGAGGAGGGAAGAGAGCUGAGCCAAAGGAACAAGGCGGCUGCUGAACGGGCUGCCUGGUGACUUCUGAGGAUGUGGCCAAGUGAUUCAUGAAGGAGCAGCUGAAUCCAAACUGAUGAAUUUUCUACUGUGUCAUCCUACAGGAGAAUUGUGGGAACAUGGCCUCAUUAGAGUUCUCUAGUGUGACAAUAAAGCUAGAAGAAGAAGAAGAAGAAGAGGUACCAUGGCUUCCGAAUAACCAGGGAUCAGAGGAAAAUAAGAGCUUCCCAGGUGCCUGCUUAGCAGGAUUUCCUGUUCCCAAAUCGGAUGUGAUCCAUGAAGGAAAUCCAUGGAUUCCAGAGCCUGUUUCAAAAGAAAAGGAGAUCCCAACGGACUACAGCUCGGAGCUUCCAGAUGUGAUAAUCAAGCUGGAGCAGGAAGAGGAGCCAUGUGCUCCAUGUUACCAGAGUUCGAAGGGCAGUGUAACAUUCCAUGGGACCCACUCAGUAGGAGAUGGACCUGCAGGAAACUUUAUAGGAGAAACUCCAUAUUACUCAAAUUGCGGGAGAAGCCUCAGUGAUAAGCCAGACCUUAUAAAACACGAGAGCCAGCCUACAGCUGAGAAACCACAUAAAUGCUCACGCUGUGCCAAGAGCUUCAUGAAAAGAUCCAACCUCCGCACACAUGAGAGAAUCCAUACGGGAGAAAAGCCGUUCCGGUGCUCUGAAUGCGGGAACAGCUUCAGUGAUGGGUCCAGCCUCAUUCGACACAAAAGGAAACACACUGGAGAGAAACCGUACAGUUGCUCGGAGUGUGGGAAAAGGUUCAACCAGAGCUCCAGCCUCAUAAGGCAUGAAAGAAGCCACACAGAGCAGAGACCAUACAAAUGCUUAGAAUGCGGCAAAAGGUUCAACCAGAGUUCAACCCUGGUCCGACAUGAGAGAAUCCACCGAGAACAGCGACCAUACAAAUGUUCACGCUGUGGCAAACGAUUCAUCCAGAGCUCCAGCCUCCUUGCACACGAGAGAAUCCACUCUGGGGAGAAACCAUAUCAAUGCACCAUGUGUGGAAAAGGUUUCGUUCAAAGAUCCAACCUCCUUAUUCAUGAGAUGAAACACACUGGUCUGAAACCAUUUAAGUGUCCCGAGUGUGGGAAAGGUUUUAAUCAGAAUUCAAGUCUUGUCAUACACAGAAGAAUCCACACAGGAGAAAAACCAUACAACUGUUCCCAUUGCGGAAGACGUUUCAGUGACAAAUCAAGCCUUAAUAAACACGAGAGAGCCCACAGAGGAGACAAACCGUAUAAGUGCUCAAACUGUGGGAAAAGCUUUGUUCGAAGGUCACACCUCCUCACACACGAGAGGAUCCACACAGGAGUGAAGCCGUUCAAAUGCUCGGACUGCGGGAAAUGUUUCAGUAGCCGUUCGCACCUUAUCAGGCACGCUGGAACCCACACGGGGGAGAAACCCUACGAUUGCUCUUUUUGUGGUAAAAGUUUCAACAGGAAAUCCAAUCUGACAAAUCACGAGAGGACCCACACAGGAGAGAAACCAUAUAAAUGCCCUGACUGUGGGAAAAGCUUCAGUGACAGGUCGAGCCUGAUCAAGCAUGGGAGAAUCCACACGGGUGAGAAACCAUACAGCUGUUCAGCUUGCGAGAAAAGCUUCAGCGACAAAUCGAGCCUCAUCCGACAUGAGAGAAUCCACACGGAGGAGAAGCCGUAUAAAUGCUCGGACUGUGGGAAAGGCUUCAACCAGAGUUCAAGCCUCAUUGUCCACGAGAGAACCCAUACAGGAGAGAAACCGUUCAAGUGUUCAGAUUGUGGCAAAGGCUUCAUUAGGAGAACGAUUCUUAAUAAGCAUGAGAGAACCCACAUGGAAGAGAAGCAGUAAAGAUUGGGACUGUAGGUUAAGAUGCUAUGGUGACAGUCCAAGCACUCUUAGACAUGAGGAACUCCUAUUGGAAGCAGAUGUAGUUUAGUGGAGGAGCUAUGAACUAGGAUAUUGCUCCUGGUUCAGACACUGCCUCUGCCAGGAUCUUAGGUAGUUUUAGGCGAGUCAUUAGUCUCACCGCCCCCAUCCGACGGGAUGUGGCUUCACACAUGGGCCGCAAUCCAGCACAGAAGGAGGUUUGCUUAAGCCUAUUUAGCCCAUGAUAUAAAGAGGCUAAACUCAGAGUUGGAUUUCUAACUCUCAUAUCUUUCUUACAGAGUUGAUGUCCGUAUAAGGGGGAAAUUUGCAAAAUGGAUCUGAUUGGCUUCCAGUUUGCAUGCACCCAGUAAUGUAGCCAUGUCCACCGUGUUCAUACACACAUGCUUUUCAGACCCUGAUUUCGCUUAGCUCCCGCUGCCAUGUCCUCUUGUCUCCAUUGAGUAAAAACAUCUCUGGUGAAGUGGCUUAAAGUUUCAAGACGGAGGACAAGGUUAUGCAUCAGUAGAAAGAGACUCGAUUAGGCAUCCUAAUGAAUAGUCUAUUUUUGUCUUCUGUUGAGCUUAAGAGCAGGUUCUGAAAAAACGGCAAUGACAAUGAGCUUGUGUAACGCACUGUUGCAAGAUCUAGUGAUGGCUGCUAGAUUAGAUGGCUUAUUACAGAGUUUUAGAGAAAUUCAUGGAGGAAAAUGGGCCUGUCAGCAGUUCUUAGGCAUGACAGCUAAAUAGAAUGUCUGUUUUCAACAGUAAUAUGCCUCUGCGUAUCAAAUGAUGGGGAGGGCACAUAUUGGGGGUGGGUGUUGCCUUUAUGCCUUGCUUCUAGGCUUUCUAAACGCAUGCGGCCAGCCCCUGUCAGCAAAAGGAUGCUGGGUUAGAUGGAUCCGUUUCUGAUCUUAGGUUCUUAUGCAGGGGUGAAGACAGAUAUUCUAAAGCAGGGGUUCUCAACUUUGGGUCUCCCAAUGGUUGGCCAUUGUGGCUGGGGAUGAUAGGAGUUGUAGCCCAACAUAAUCUAUGGAACCAAGGUUGGAAACCUCUGUUCUGAAGUGUGUUGGAAGAGGCUUGCAUCCAUCUUUUCUGCAUUAAGAGAUUUGUUUUCAGAGCAAAGAGUGCAUGUUCAACCACACUUUGGCUGUAUGUCUGUAUGCCUAGUUCCACAUAGUGUUCCACGAACAUAAGGGUCUGUGUGCAGUGGCAUACCUGCUGUGCUGCACCCCGCCUAUCCAAGGGCAGGGUUGCACAUGCUGGUUCUGUUCGAUCAGAAACCCAGCCAUGCUUGGUGAGUUCAGAGAGGCUCCAAGGGUCCAAAGAAUUGUGUCAGCACUGAAGCAACAAUUUCCCCCACCACUCCUAAUGGGAGAAGGAUCACCCUAGCAUGGAUAGAUUUUUGGAUCGAACGGAACUAGCAUACGCGCCCUGCUCUUGAAUUGGUGGGACAUUGUGCAGUUUGUAAGCAGUCAGCAUGUAUACAGAUCUCUGGGUGUCCUGUUGUUCAGAUAUUAUCCAAUGCAUGUACAACAGUACCCUUCCUAUCUGUACCCUGUAUCCAGGUCCACUUUUAAAUUGAGCACAUGUACAAUCAUUCACCCAAAACCAUGUACAUGUGUGCAGACACCUGUAGGCAUGUACAACAUAAUGUCUGAAUAGGGCUUGUCUUCACCCUAAUUCUGCUCCCCCUAGGGUCUGUUCGAAUUUGUUCUUCAUUCCAGCAACAACUACCCACUCCACCCUAAGCCUUAUGACACAUGGCAAAUUGCUUUUGAGGUCAAAGAGCAUUUCAGAAAGCUGUUAGUGAAAUGGCACCGGGGAGCCUGUUGUCCAAAGACAGAUUGUCAGACAUCUCAGUUGGGUCCAUCAAAGUAGCUCCUUGGACCCUGACCUAAGUGUGCAGACAGGUCGUAAUAAAUCCAAACUCCCUGCAGAAGAAAAAUGAGCUGCUGGCAUCUUGAAUAUGUUACACAGAGUGAAAUCGGUCUGCUGAUUUUGAUCCAGCAGGGAUGCUUUCUUAAUGACGCUACCAAUGUGUUAUCAAGUGAGGGUGCAAAGAAGAGUGUUCUCGGUGGCCCCUCCACCUGGGAACUCACCAGAAUCCAAGCCUGAACAGUUUUUUGUAAGUGUCCUAAAGCCUAACUGCUCAGGUUUGCUUUUGGGGUUCAGUUCAGAAUGAAACUGGCAAAAGGUGGAGGGAAAGCUGGGUAAAAUUUCACCUUGUUCUUCUGGAAGGAUUUUGUUACCUACCCUGAGCCUUCAGCAAGUGGCUGGCUUAGAAAACUCUAAAUAAACUAAAAACGUUUUGUAUUAUGUUGUCCUAUGUGAAAAGCAGUGGGAUAAAAGAUGAGAGCUGUCACCUUUUAUUUUAGGUGGUUUUUUUUUAAUGCUCUAGUCUAAAGAGUGUACAGACAUAGCAAACAUAUAUCAAUAUCUUACCUUAUUUGCAA